AACCGUCUGCGGCGCGCCGAUCAUCGCCAGCUGCAGCAGCAGUUACAGUAGUAGUAGUAGUAGUGACAAAGGCUACAGCGGCUGCGACGACGUGCUCGGUAGCACGCGUAGCCCCUAGUACGGCGUCGACCACCAUAUUGCAUAAGACAGGUUACCACUUACCAGCCAGAUAAAUCACGACGUCUGCAACGAGACAACAUCAUGCUCAACUGCAGCCGCAUAGUCGGCCAACUGACCAGGAUCACCAGGCAUGGCCUUCACGACAGAUUCGCAAAUUGUUUAGACACAACAACAAAUCAUCUGAGGUAUAGCACAAAAAAUAAAAAACCUAGAGCAGCUGGUACAACAGCUAAAGUUGAAGAAUGCCUACCACCAAAAACAAAAUCAAACAAAAGAGUUCCACCGUUGCCUCAACCUCCACCACCACCUCCCAUUCACUCUACUGCUCCUGCAGGACAGGAACUAAAGCCACCAGAAUCUCGUUUUAGACCUUCUUGCGAAGAACCAACUUAUUCUUGUCCUCCAAAUUGUCCACCAGAUAUUCGUGAACAGUGUCAUAAAAGUAGUUCAGGUGGAGAUGGCUCGAGUGGUGAAUCAGUAUUCAAUUACUGGAAGCAAAUAGUUGCAGCUCUUGUUGUAGCUGGUGUGUCUACAGUUGCUUACAUCGAAUUAUUUGAAAAAGAUGAAAAAAGUAAAAAAGUUGUUAAAGAUCUUGGAAGACAACCAAUUGUCCCCAGACCUGAGGAAUCAGAUGCUUUUCCAAAAGAAGUACCUUACUUGUUGAUAGGAGGAGGAACAGCUGCAUUUUCUGCUUUUCGAGCAAUUAAAGCUGGUGAUCCUACUGCUAAGGUUCUUGUUAUUACUAAUGAAGGAGACUUACCAUACAUGAGGCCACCUUUAUCAAAAGAACUUUGGUAUAAUAGAGACGAAGAACUAGCAUCUAAAUUAAUUUUUAAGCAAUGGAAUGGAACCAAACGGAGUUUAUUUUAUGAACCUCCAGAAUUUUAUCUACCUAUUGGAGAAUUGGAAAAUUCUGAAAAAGGAGGAGUUUCUGUUGCUACUGGGUGGACAGUUAAAAAAAUUGAUGUCCCGAACAAAACUGUCUACUUACAAGAUAAUCAUCCUAUAAAAUUCGAUAAAUGCCUCAUUGCAACUGGUGCAUCUCCCAAAAAUAUUAUUCCUUUUGAAAAAGCUGAAGAAAAAGCAAAAGAAAAAAUUAUUGUUUUUAGAACAAAAGAAGACUACCUUGAACUGGUGCGUAAUAUCAAAAAGCCCAGUUGCAAGAAUAUAGUUAUUGUUGGUGGGGGUUUCUUAGGCUCAGAACUAUCGACAUCACUAGCAAGAAAUCGUAUGUUUGAGGGUCAACAAGUAUACCAGCUUUAUAAAGAAAAAAAUAUACUGGCACAAGUUUUACCUGAAUAUUUGAGUGAAUGGACGACUAAACAUUCGCAAAAGGAAGGCGUUAAUUGCGUGCCUAAUGUAGAAGUGCACGAUUGCAGGUUGAAAAACGACAGAUUAGAGCUUACACUUAACAAUGGCAAAACUAUAUUAGCUGAUCAAGUCGUAGUCGCGGUGGGGGUAAAAGCAAAUACGGAAUUAGCAAAAUCAUCAAAUUUAGAGACAGAUCCAGUACAAGAUGGCUUUUUGGUGAAUGCAGAACUGGAAGCGCGAAGUAAUGUAUGGGUUGCAGGCGAUGUUGCAUGCUUUUACGAUGUACAACUGGGAAGAAGAAGAAUCGAGCAUCACGAUCACGCCGUGAUCUCUGGAAGAUUAGCAGGAGAAAAUAUGACAGGAUCGCACAAACCCUACACACAUCAAUCUAUGUUCUGGUCGGAUUUGGGCCCGGAGGUUGGAUUCGAAGCAAUUGGAAUAAUAAAUUCUUCGCUAGAAACUGUUGGUGUCUUUGCAAAAUCUUCUGAAAACGAAUCGGACAAAAAAGCGGUUGAAGAUGGUCAAGCCAGUAGUGGAAAGAAACUAGAAGGGGAAGAUGUAUCGGACCCUAAACUUGAACCAGAAGAAAAAAAAUCGACUUCAGAUAAUCCAGAAGCUAAUUUGAUCAGUAAUAAAUCAAGUGAAAAUUCUGAAAAGAAAGUAGUACCUGAUGAAGCAGUGGACGACUACGCUAAAGGUGUUAUUUUUUAUGUGCGCGAUAAAAUUGUCGUUGGUAUCGUCCUAUGGAAUAUUUUCAAUCGUAUGUCAGUUGCUAGACAGAUUCUCGCCCGGGGAACUACUUACGACGAAAUAAACGAAGUAGCCAAGCUGUUUGAAAUUCACGAAGAUUAAAACUUUAAAGUUUGUACGAGUGUAGAUCAUUGUAUAUACGCGACUUGUGUAGAUGUUUUUUAAGCACUUUUGAUCAAGCUGAAUGAGGUAAUUGCUAAAUGUGUAGCGCCGUUUUGAUUUCUUGAUUUUCAUUCCGACAAACAUUGAACUCUUGUGUGAAAAUUCAAGACGCUUCAAUAUUUCGAAAGUACCAAGUAUGUAGGCAUUUAUUAUAUCUACUAAAUUCGGUGCUUACGAAUCUUAGUAAGUUAUGAAUAAAAAGAUAAUAGUUGAAUAGUGAAACGAAAGAAAAAGGAAAUGAAAUUGUUUUUUUACGACUGAUAUGAUUAUUGUUUUUAAUAUUAGCUAGAGUUUAUGAAAUUAUGUAUGAGUAUAGCAAUUAACUUAAUCUCGAUAUUUUGUAUAUUAAUCGAUAUCGAUGUGCGCGAGUUUCUUUUGCAAAUACGUUGAACAUAAUUACAUAAUUGUUUGCAUCAAGAAUCAAUUUUUACACGUUGUUGGAUGGGAAAUUGUUUGUUUUUUAAUUAAUUCGUAAAUCUGUACAAAAAAUAGGUUGAGCCAGAGCUCAGUUUACAUAAAAAGAUUAACAAAUUGU